AUGGCUUACGUUCGAUUUGAUUCCGUGACGAAACCUUUCAAUAACCGAUGUCACGUUACUUCAUCUAAGCUCAAUAGCAACAGCUUCAGAAAUCAUAACAGUGCCUCCAUCACCAAAACAACAGAAUACAGCAUGUCUAACGUGUCGACUUAUCUAAUAUUACUCUGUCUCUGUUGUCUACUACCGAUUGGCAGCUGUGUAAAUGAUAGUGAAGUGUCACAGAAUUCGGUAAACGUUUUAUUGCGUCCUGAAUCUUCGUUGGCAGAAAAGCCGCUAAAAGCCCUUUCUCGGCCUCAACCUGAUCCAGUCGAACCGUUCGGGCUACGAAAACUUCAAAAUCGCAAAGCAGCAUCGCAGAAGGAUAAAAACCGCAAGGGACUGGCCACCGAGAAAUUAUCAGAAUUGACAAUCAAAGAAAAUCCAGAACCCAAGAGUGAUAACAAAUCCCAGAUCCAGCAGCGACAAGUUGUAACCAAAUCAAAACCUCAGGAACGCACAGGGGCAAAACCUCAGGAACGCACAGGGGCAAAACCUCAAGAACGCACAGAGGCAAAACUUCAGGAACGCACAGAGGCAAAACUUCAGGAACGCACAGGGGCAAAACCUGAAGAACGAACAGGGCCAAAACCUCAAGAACGCACAGAGGCAAAACCUCAAGAACGAACAGGAACAAAACCUCAAGAACGAACUGGGGCAAAACCUCAAGAACGCUCAGAGCCAAAACCUCAAGAACGCACAAAAGCAAAACCUCAAGAACGAACUGGGACAAAACCUCUCGGACGCCCAGGGACAAAACCUCAAGAACGCGCAGAGGCAAAACCUCAAGAACGCGCAGAGGCAAAACCUCAAGAACGAACAGGGGCAAAACCUCAAGAACGCGCAGUGGCAAAACCUCAAGAACGAACAAGAGCAAAACCUCAAGAACGCACAGAGGCAAAACCUCAAGAACGCACAGAGGCAAAACCUCAAGAACGCACAGAGGCAAAACCUCAAGAACGUACAGGGGCAAAACCUCAAGAACGCACAAAGGCAAAACUUCAAGAACGAACAGGGGCAAAACCUCAAGAACGAACAGGGGCAAAACUUCAAGAACGGACAGGGGCAAAACCUCAAGAACGAACUGGGGCAAAACCAGAAACGCCAUUUAAUUUUCUAUUUCUUUCUUUCAUUUUUCCUUUUUAUCUUUCUUUCUCUCUCUCUCUCUCUCUCUCUCUCUCUCUCUCUCACUUUCUCUUUCUAUUCCAUUCUUAUUUCUCUGUUUACGUCUUCCUCUUGCUUUUAUCCUUGCCGUUUUAUCUGUUUAUUUUUUUUCUGUUUCCUUCUCUUUGUAGAUAUAUUCUUCUUUUUUGUCACCUCUCUCCAUCUUUCCUUAUUUCUCUAUCCUCUCUUACUUUCUCAUUCUUUAUCUCUUUCUUGUUUAUUUUUUCCUCUUUUUUUUCUAUUCUAAUCCCUAUAUCUUUCUCUCUCUCUCUCUCUCUCUCUCUCUCUCUCUCUCUCAGCAUGUCGUCAAGUUUUAUAUUCUCAAUUGUUUGUUCAGAGAUCGCCUUAUAUUUAUCCUUCCUUUUAUUUCAUUUCAAAUCCUUCCUUUUAUUUCAUUUCAAAUCCUUCCUUUUAUUUUAUUACAGAUCCUUCCUUUUAUUUCAUUUCAAAUCCUUCCUUUUAUUUAAUUACAGAUCCUUCCUUUUAUUUCAUUUCAAAUCCUUCUUUUAUUUUAUUACAGAUCCUUCCUUUUAUUUCAUUUCAAAUCCUUCCUUUUAUUUAAUUACAGAUCCUUCCUUUUAUUUCAUUAUAUAUCCUUCCUUUUAUUUUAUUACAGAUCCUUCCUUUUAUUUCAUUAUAUAUCCUUCCUUUUAUUUUAUUACAGAUCCUUCCUUUUAUUUCAUUUCAAAUCCUUCCUUUUAUUUCAUUACAGAUCCUUCCUUUUAUUUCAUUUCAAAUCCUUCCUUUUAUUUUAUUACAGAUCCUUCCUUUUAUUUCAUUUCAAAUCCUUCCUUUUAUUUAAUUACAGAUCCUUCCUUUUAUUUCAUUAUAUAUCCUUCCUUUUAUUUAAUUACAGAUCCUUUCUUUUUAUUUCAUUAUAAAUCCUUCCUUUUCUUUUAUUACAGAUCCUUCCUUUUAUUUCAUUAUAUAUCCUUCCUUUUAUUUUAUUACAGAUCCUUCCUUUUAUUUCAUUUCAAAUCCUUCCUUUUAUUUUAUUACAGAUCCUUCCUUUUAUUUCAUUUCAAAUCCUUCCUUUUAUUUCAUUACAGAUCCUUCCUUUUAUUUCAUUAUAUAUCCUUCCUUUUAUUUAAUUACAGAUCCUUCCUUUUAUUUCAUUUCAAAUCCUUCCUUUUAUUUAAUUACAGAUCCUUCCUUUUAUUUCAUUUCAAAUCCUUCCUUUUAUUUAAUUACAGAUGCUUCCUUUUAUUUCAUUAUAUAUCCUUCCUUUUAUUUUAUUACAGAUCCUUCCUUUUAUUUCAUUAUAUAUCCUUCCUUUUAUUUCAUUACAGAUCUUUCCUUUUAUUUCAUUUCAAAUCCUUCCUUUUAUUUCAUUACAGAUCCUUCCUUUUAUUUCAUUUAAAUCCUUCCUUUUAUUUCAUUACAGAUCCUUCCUUUUAUUUCAUUAUAUAUCCUUCCUUUUAUUUUAUUACAGAUCCUUUCUUUUAUUUCAUUUCAAAUCCUUCCUUUUAUUUCAUUACAGACACUUCCUUUUAA